AUGACAGGACUUGAAGAGGAAAACAGAAGUUUGCGAUCUGAAGUUGAUCGACUGAAGCAAGAGUUGCAAUCAGCAAACGCAUUCAUUGAGUUGCUGUCUUCACAGCUUACGCAUCUACAGCUGCUUCAGAAGGAGAGUGGGAUAUAUUCAAUUUCCGAUAUACCUUCGUCUCUUUCCAGACGUACGAUGGACGGCGAGGAAACUGUCAAUUCACCUCACCCUCUGGAACCGCCACGACGAAGCCUUGAAGCUGGAGCAGGUGGAUUUUUAGGCUCUGGUCUCGGCACUCGACUGGAUUCCAGAAUUACAGAAGAAGCCGACGAUGGGGAUAGAGGGGAUAUACAUGGUGGUGAUUCAAAUGAAACAAAUAAUAAGGCAAAAGACAAGGCGUCCAAAACGGCCACAAGAAUCACAGCACAAAAAAGUCAGGGCGAUGUUGCCGAUCCACAUGAAACUUUGACAGAGAAAGGCAAGGCACUUCAGAGUGCCAAAGGAGCAAUUAAGGCGUUACCUCGAGAACUUUCGAUCAUCAACAGUGAUUCCGAUGACAUCACAAAAUACUCUCUCGCAAGUGCUAUAUGUAGUCUAGACAGAACCGACAUGAGAGACGCAUACAAUGCACGAGGAUUGUACACCGGGGAAGUCUCGAGGAGACAACAGCUACCCCAUGGUAUCGGAAGAAUGGAUUAUCAUCUUCAAGGCCGGUUUUAUGAUGGAGAGUGGAAUAUGGGGCACUGGCAUGGGUUUGGAACCAUCAGGAAUGCUUUUGGAGACAUUUAUAGAGGUCAGGUUGUUAAUGAUUUGAGGGAAGGUAAUGGGAGAUUAGAAUAUGCUGACGGUCGAAUUUUUGAGGGCCUGUUCAAGUCUGAUGAUGCGGUGAAGGGAUCUUUAACCUUUCCUGAUGGUGCUAAAUAUAUUGGUGAAUUGAACGACGGCAAAAGGCAUGGCGUGGGUAUAUAUUAUUUUGCAGAUGGCAGUCGAUACGAAGGUCACAGUGUAAAUAACUUCUUUGAAGGUCAGGGCAAAAUGAUAUGGGAAGAUGGCGGUUUUUAUGAGGGAGAGUGGUCACAAGGCGAAAUAGAUGGAUACGGAAAGGAACUUCGUCCUGAUGGAUCAGUGAGACACGAAGGAUUUUGGAGAAGUGGUUAUCCAGUUCGUACUGGCAAAUGUGACUAA